AUGGCAUCCGGCGCCGGCCGCAACAGGAGGGAGCGCACCUUUGUAGGGAGCGAAUGCGCAGUGUGCGAGGAGCCGCUGGAGCACACCCUGCGCGGAGAGCGCAUUCUACAAUUUUCAUGCUCGCACGUAUCUCACGAAGCUUGCUUCUACGAGUUUAUUCGCGAAUUCGAAUCGCAAUACUGCCCCUCGUGCGAUGCGCCUCUCCAUCUCGACACUAGCCGGGGCGGCAAUGUCUUGGAUAUUGAAAAAAUCAGCAACCUCGUUCGAUCUGUCUCAUCCACCGACACUAGGUCAAAUCACACCCCUACGCCCACGGCUACGCCAUGGGACAACAACCCAACGCCCACUCCGCGCCCCACCAGCAUCGAGUCGAACCAGCGAAACAUGGCCAGCACCCACACCCGCGAAAGCGCGCCUCGAAGCACUGGACGCGACAGGGAGAGCAGCCAGCCACCGACUUCCGAGAGGUACGGCCCUUCAAGGCACGCUCGCAGCGAUAGCGAGGCCACCGGCGUCGCAUCGUCUGGUGGCUACCCCGAAACGACCCAAAGCGGCCCGCCGCGCAGACACGAUUAUGACGUCCAGGCAAUGGAGACCACACCGGGCAGCCCCCGCGCGAUAACGAGGAAUCCGAUCCCGGCACCGACUGUGACAGUUCGAUCCGAGUUCCCCACCAUCAACAGGUCUCGGCAGCAGCAGACCUUGACCUGCCUUAUUACCGUAGAAGUACCCGACAACAAGUGGCGGCCCGAUCCCGAAGAUCUUGGGUCAGCCCCGCCAGCCCCGCCUGCAGUGAAUGCCCGAAUCGACGAGGCAUUUGCGCGACCACCAUCCCCGGCCCGAAGUGCGCCUCGAUUCUAUCCCUACGAGUCUCGGGAAGUGCUGGAGGAACAAACCGAAAAUCUGAGAAACCGUGUGGACAACUGGCAUGGACUCGAUUUCAGCAGAUUCGGCAAACUGCGGCUGUAUGGCACACUACGCGUCGGCAAGGAUAAGGCAUCCUGGCAGGAGCUGGAAUGCUUUCUGUUCGCUGAAAUGUUGAUUUGCGUAAAGGAGAAGAAGGUAACCCUCGCAGGGCAAUGGGACGAGAACGGCAUGCCCAAGAAGACCACCCGCUGCACACUCAAAGGAUCCAUCCUCAUCAAGAAGCACCUCAAUGAGGUCUCGGAAACGGGCAACAUUGAUGAGAACAUUCUUACACUAAACCUCUCUGUCGCGGAGCUGCCUCAGUUCCACCUCCGGUUCGAGAACCGCAACCAGCUCAAGCUUUGGCACCAAGCACUGCUCGACUUGAACGCUGUCGAAACGUCGCCAGUCCGCAGCCCAGAGUACGACCGAGGAGAAUUCUCCGAGACGGACGAGGAUGACUGGCAGCGUGGAUCGCGACAGCAAAGGGUGUCGUCGAUUGCCUCGUCCUGGGGCGGCCCUAAAUCCACCACAACGGCGCCCACCGAGUACACCAACUUCCAGAGGAGCCCGACAAUGCCGGCUUCCAUCCACGUACCCAUCGACGUGGUUGUGGUCGUCCCCAUCUCAUCGUCGAUGCAGGGCGUCAAGAUCAACCUUGUUCGCGAUGCCCUCAAAUUCAUGGUCAACACCCUCGGCGAGAGAGAUAGGAUGGGACUCGUCACCUUUGGAUCGGGCGGCGGCGGUGUACCCAUUGUGGGCAUGACCACAAAGGCGUGGCCCGGUUGGAGCAACGUAUUGGGCUCCAUCAAGCCGGUUGGGCAAAAGAGCCACCGCGCCGAUGUGGUGGAGGGUGCCAAUGUCGCCAUGGACUUGCUCAUGCAGCGCAAGUACAACAACCCGAUCGCCACCAUUAUGCUCAUCAGCGACGCUUCUACUUCGGACGCCGACAGUGUCGACUUUGUCGUGUCGAGAGCCGAAGCAGCCAAGAUCACCAUUCACUCCUUUGGCCUCGGCAUGACGCACAAGCCCGAUACCAUGAUUGAGCUCUCUACCCGCACCAAGGCGUCUUAUACCUACGUCAAGGACUGGAUGAUGCUUCGCGAGUGCCUUGCCGGCUGCCUCGGCGCCAUGCAGACGCUCUCUCACCAAAACGUGAAGCUCAAGCUGAAGCUGCCUGAAGGAUCUCCGGCCAAGUUCCACAAGAUCAGCGGUGCCUUGCAGAUUACCAAGCGCGCCACGGGUCGUGACGCUGAGGCCUCCCUGGGCGAUCUUAGAUUCGGUGACAAGCGCGACGUCUUGGUGCAGCUCGUCAUUGUGCCGGACAACACGUCCCAAGAACAACUGCCGCAGGAUCCUUGGGAUAACAUUGUCUCGGGUCUGGAGGCGCUCGGUGGAGCUGGCGAUGGGGACGACCAGCGGGUGACUUCAGUCGAGGAGGUGCCUCUCAUCCAGGCUGACCUUACAUGGGGUGACAUUCUCCGGGAUGGCACGCUCUCCCAUCUCCCCCGCCCUUCUCUGCUUGCCAUCACUAUGCUUCCGGCCCAGGCGAAAAACAAGAAUUCGUGGGCAGGAUCGCCCCCGAUCCCCCCUCACCCGCACAUCGUCCAGCGGCGCAUGGAGCUGCUAACGUCGGAUAUGCUAACCCGCGCCUUGACCCUCGUGUCGCGCGGUCAGCACGACCGAGCGCACACCCUACUCAACGAGACCCGAUCUAUUUUGAAGGGUCUUGGAAAAGGUGGUCUGCCUCCGAUUCCUCCACCGACGGCACCGCCAACGAGAUCCCUCCCUUCCACCCCGCACCCCGGGAACGAUGCCUCACCCUCCAUCACCCCCGACAGAAAACAGACUCCAUCGCCCACUCAAUCGGCCAACUCGUCCGCCGUCAACGGCUACCAGGCCACUGGCAUCGGGCGCAGUCGGUCCAACGAUGGCCUCGGUCUCGGUGCGGGUAUCGAUGCCAAUACCGUUGCCGCUCUGGACCACGAGCUCGAGAGCAGUCUCGAAUGGAUCAGCCAUCCUGCCGUCUUUGGCCGCGACAGCCGCAAAGCUGUUCUCCAAGCGAUUGGAGUAAUCAGCUCCCAGCGAGCCUUCACCUUCCGUACGCCGAUUGAAUCCCUGUGGUCUGGUCGCGUGGCGGGUGUGAAGAAGCUCACCAGCAAGAGUCGUGAGUGGCGCGAAGAGGGUGGCGGCGAGGGCGGCAUCAUGGAGGAGGCCUAA